AUGUCUGGACUGAAGUCCUUCCCUACCAUCAAGACCGUGCGGACCUUCGUCAUUGAAGGCGUCGGCUCCGGCGGUGACUACCAUAAUGUCAAAGGCGGCCAUUGGCUGAUCGACAACAAGAUUGCGACGCCCAUGUCCAAAUGGGAGCAGUACCGCAAUUCCCGAACGUCCUUCGGCAUCAACGUCCUUGGGUCCUUCUGUGUCGAGAUCGAGGCCACGGACGGCACAAAAGGUUUUGCGACCGGAUUUGGCGGACCUCCCGGCUGCUGGCUGGUCCAGCAACACUUUGAGCGGUUCCUGCUCGGCCGAGACGCGCGAGACGUGAACGAUAUAUAUGAGCAGAUGUACAAGGCCUCGAUGUUCUAUGGAAGAAAGGGCUUGCCCGUGGCGGUCAUCUCAGUAAUCGAUCUUGCGUUGUGGGAUCUGCUGGGGAAGAUCAGGAACGAGCCAGUCUACAAGAUGAUCGGUGGCGCGACCCGAGACAAGUUGAAUUUCUAUUGCACCGGUCCCGAACCUGCUGCCGCACAAAAGAUGGGCUUUAUCGCUGGUAAGGUGCCUUUGCCGUACAGCGCCGAUGAGCCCGACAGUAUUAGAAAGAACAUCGCUUUUCUGAAGAAACACCGGGAACAUGUUGGUCCCCACUUUCCGUUGCGCGUCGACUGCUGGAUGAGUUUGAACGUCCAAUACACCAUUGAGCUUGUGGCAGAGGCAAAGCGACAAGAUAUCAGAAUAGACUGGUGGGAGGAAGUCUUGUCCCCGGAUGACUUUGAUGGCUUUCAACUGUUGAAGAGAGCACAUCCAGAUACCAAGUUCACGACUGGAGAACACGAGUACUCCCGCUACGGCUUCCGCAAACUUCUCGAGGGCCGUAAUGUCGACAUCAUCCAGCCGGACGUGAUGUGGCUGGGCGGCCUGACCGAGCUCCUCAAGGUCUCUGCUAUGGCUGCGGCGUACGACAUUCCCGUGGUCCCGCACGCGUCUGGUCCUUACUCAUACCACUUCGUUGUCAGUCAGCAUAACUCUCCUUUCCAGGAGUACCUUGCCAACAGCCCAGACGGAAAGAGCGUGCUUCCCGUCUUCGGCGAUCUGUUCCUCAACGAGCCGAUCCCUGAGAACGGUUACUUAGAUAUCGGCGUCUUGGACAAGCCCGGAUUCGGCCUCGAGCUCAACCCGAAUGCACGUUUGGUCGAUGCCACGAAUCUGCUGGGCAUGAGGCCACAGAAAUCGCUGACGGCGCCUAUGGAUAAGGAGCAGGCAAAGACGAAUGGCACUCCUGUCACCGGGGAUCAUGCCCCUGCGAGCGUCAACAGUGCCGCCUGA